AUGGCUUCCUUCAAGACUGCUAUCCUCGCUUCUCUCGCCGGCGCUGCUGCGGCCCGCUCGGUGCCCGCCAACGUCCAGAGCCUGUACAACUCCAUCGUUGCCCAAGGCUCUUGCAGAAGCCCACUUGCCACCGGCUUUUACAGCUCGGACGGCGAUGGCGGUACCACCAGCUACUGUGGUGACCAUCUUGCCGAUUAUGGCAUCGUCUACCUCCAGGGCACUAACGGCAGACUUGCCAACAUGGACAUCGACUGUGAUGGUAUCCAGGGUGGCCCUGCUGAUGACGGCCGCUGCGGCGACUCUGGUGAUACCCAGGAUAUCACCGCUUUCGCCGAUACUGUCCGAGGCUACGGCACCGGCCAGAGGGAUCUUGACGCCAAUGCCCACCCCUAUGUCGUCUUUGGUAACGAGGGUAGCGGAAACUGGGACACUUGGGAUCCUCAGUCCGUUGGCGUUGAGCCCCUCUCCGUCAUGGCUGUUGUCUGCAACAACCAGCUGAUCUAUGGUGUGUGGGGUGACACCAACGGUGACGACGGUGACUUCCCUGUCGUUGGCGAGGCCUCCAUCUCUCUUGCUACCGCCUGUUUCGGCAACAGCAUAAACGGUAACAACGGCCACGACCAGACUGAUGUUCUUUACAUCGCCUUCACCGGCUCCAGCGCCGUCCCCGGCGCCAAAGGUGCUCAGUGGAACGCCCAAGACUACAACGACUUCGAGAACAGCAUCAGCGCCCUCGGUGACAGCCUUGUCGCCCGUAUCGGCACCACUGGUGGCGGUGAUCCAGGCAACGGUGGUUCCGGCGGUGAUUGUUCGUGGGAGGGCCACUGUGCUGGUGCCUCUUGCGGUAGCGACGAUGAUUGCUCUGACGAUCUUACUUGCUCCAACGGUUUCUGCGGUGGCAGCUCUGGUGGUAACAGCGGCGGUGGCGGCGGCAGCAACAACUGCUCUUGGGCUGGUCACUGUGCUGGCGCGUCUUGUGGCAGCGAUGAUGAUUGCUCUGAUGACCUCUUCUGCUCCAACGGCCGAUGCACCAACUAAAAGGGCCAACAAAAGGAAGAUUGUGGCCAGUGGGGAGCCAAGGUGGAAUUCUCACAUUCUUGUAUAUAAUUUCAGUGUAGCAAGGGGGAGGUGGACGAGUCCAGGUAUAUAGGAGAAGUCAAGUAUAUAGGAGUGGUCAAUAAAUGGUGUGUUGAUCAGGGAACCCAAGUUUUG